UUCGUUCAGGACUUUGUCGCUGACUGCGCACGCUCAUUUUGAAGGCGGAAGGAGUAUCAACGCUAAACGGAAGUGGCCUCUUUCUUUCUGAUCUCGGACUGCAGACAUGGUGUUCAAGCGCUACGUUGAGAUCGGCCGCGUCGCCUACGUUGCCUUCGGGCCCCAUGAGGGUAAACUGGUGGCAAUCGUCGAUGUCAUUGACCAGAACAGGGCCCUUGUGGAUGGUCCUUGCACUGGCGUGAAGAGGCAAUCGAUGCCUUUCAAGUGCAUGCAGCUUACAGACUACGUCAUCAAAGUCGCACACAGUGCUCGCCAGAAGUAUGUGAGGCGUGCCUGGGAAAAAGCAGAGGUCGACAAGAAGUGGGUGGAGAGCAGCUGGGCUAAGAAGAUUGAAGCCAGACAAAAGAGGGCCAAGAUGACCGACUUUGACCGUUUCAAGGUUAUGAAGGCCAAGAAAAUGAGGAACAAGAUCAUCAAGGUUGAAGUCAGGAAGCUUCAGAAGGUUGCAAAUAAGAAGCAGUGAGCUUUUCUAACAACAAUAAAAAAUCUUAAUUGAU